AGGAUGGCAAAGGCCCCACUUUUGUCAUCUUACACGGGAGACUUUGACUUUUCUCAUUUCUCUUGCGACGAAAACCUAGGAAGGGGAAUGGCGGAUCGGAGCUUAUCAGUCUCAGGGAUGGACUUCUUCGCAUCCUUGCCGGAAGGCUUCAUAUCCGACAUCAUUUCGCUCACGUCGGCAGUCGAUGCCGCAAGAUUAUCGGUGAUCUCGAAGGUAUUCAAGGCGGCGGCCGAGCCGGACUCUGUUUGGGGCAGAUUUCUUCUGCAAGAUCUGAACGAUAUCCUCUUAAGAUCGAGGUCUCCGGUGGUGUUUUCCAACAAGAAAGAGCUUUACUUCACCCUCUGCAACUCUCCCAUUCUCCUCAACGACGGAAGUAAACUGGUGCGCCGCCCUUUUUCUGAGCUUUACUUCACCCUCUGCAACUCUCCCAUUCUCCUCAACGACGGAAGUAAACUGAGCUUUUCACUUGAUAAAAGGAGUGGGAAGAAGUGCUUCAUGAUAGCAGCAAGAGAGCUGGAUAUUACACUUGGGAUGGCGAUUGAUGUUGGGAGUAGGUUUGGUUCCGACAGCCAUAUUAGCGGUCGGCGUUCUCUCCAUGCCGGAAUCGCCGUGGUGGCUGGUGAUGCAGGGCCGCCUCCGAGACGCCAAGAAAGUUUUGGACAAAACUUCUGA